AUGUCAAAGAGACCAAUCCACCAAUAUAAAGAAGAACAAUUGAUAGAAGCUAUGGCGGCGAUUAGGAAUGGUAUGAAAAUAAGAGAAGCCAGUCGAGUUUUUAAGGUUCCACGAGGGACGUUACAGGAUCGAGUACAUUUAAGGGUUCCAGAUUUGCCCCGUAAAAUGGGACCAGAAACAGUGCUAACCAAAACUGAAGAAACUGCGUUGAAAAACUGGUGUAUUGCAUUAGCGAAAUGUGGCUUCCCAUUAAAACGUGAUGAUCUCCUGAAUACCGUCCACAAUAUUAUAUCGGAAGAUAAAAGACCAAACCCAUUUGUAAAUAAUAGACCGGGGAAUAAAUGGUACCAAUCAUUUCUGAGACAAAAUCCUGAGUUAAGUGAGAGGACGCCUGAAAAUAUAUCGAAUGGUCGAGCCGCUGUAACUGAAGCAGGUAUUCGGAAGUGGUUUGCUGAACUUAUGAAGCAUUUAGAAGACAUAAAUGCAAGUGAUAUUUUGAUCGACCCUGACCGUAUAUUCAACGGUGAUGAAACUAGUUUUUAUAUAUGCCCCAAGACUGGAAAAGUCAUUGCACCAAGAGAUUACAAAAACGUCUACAAAAUUGUAAAAAGUAAGGAAAAAGAAGCUGUUACUGUCCUUAUAUUUAUAUCGGCUUCUGGAAAAAUUUUGCCUCCUUGUGUAGUUUUCCCAUACGUCAGACCACCUAAAGAAGUUGUGAACAGUAUGCCUGAUAGAUGGUUAUUGGGAAAGUCAAAAACAGGUUGGAUGAAAUCAGAAAUUUUUUUCGACUAUUUUGAGAAAGGUCUGAACGAGUGGCUAAAAGAAGAGAAAAUUAAAAAACCGGUACUCGUUUUUGUUGAUGGCCACAAGAGCCACUUAACAAUGCGACUCAGCGAAUAUUGUCACGAAAAUUGUAUUAUACUAUAUGCACUUCCACCAAAUGCAACGCAUUUGAUUCAACCUGCUGAUGUAAGUGUAUUUAAACCUUUGAAGGUAGAAUGGAAAAAUACAGUGUACGAAUGGGCAACUCAACCUGAAAAUGUCAAUAGUGUUUUGACCAAGGCAACUUUUAGUCCAUUACUUAAAAAGAUCUUAGAGAAGGAAAAUUUGUCUGUAACAAUCAGCAACGGUUUUCGCAAAUGUGGAUUAUACCCAUUCAAUCCAAACGCUUUGGACUACUCUAAAUGUGUGCAGAAUAAUCUUGAGAAACUUCACAAUGCUACCAAGAAUUUGAAUUCUCCAGGCAACAAAAUUAAAAACAGGCAUUUGAAUACCGCCAUCAAGUGUAUUAAUCAGCUAAGUAACGAGCUAGAAAAUGCUGGAGUAGAUACAACUACCGUUAUCAAAGUUUUGAGUGCAGCAAAAAAUAUGGCUGGACCUGAGAGUUUAAAUUCAACAAAAAACUCAACUGAUGAUUCCAAAAUGGAUAAUAGUUCUGCCUGUGAUAUUGAUAAAAACCAAUCAAAAUUAGCAUCAGAAUCAAAUGAAAUUCUUGACAUAAGCUUGCCGAUUAUAGGUGAUUACACAUUGAUAAAUAAUUUAAGUACCUUUACAGAAGCAGAGACAUCCUUCAAAAAAUUCGAAAUCAUAGCCGACUUUGAAGCGACUUACCAAAAUAGUGAAAGUCUAGAAACGCAUAAAUCUGUACACACACCUGUAUUUAUUGCAAAUAAUCAGAACGGUGACUGCGUUAAGGAAUGUGUGACUAAUCACACACCAGUUUCUGAAGAAUUUAUGGAAAAUAAAGUACCUGAAGUAGAAAUAAAUACUAACCAAGAUAUUAUUGAUAAAGAAAAUGAAGAUGUUGGACAAGAAAUAAAUACUUACUAUAAUAUGGAAAAUACGAGAGACGCAUCGCUCCCAGAAAAUAAUAAUUAUAUUAUGGAUAAUCUGAAAGACAUAAGGACAGAUUGUAAACUUGAUCAAAUCAAAAAUAACAUUGAACAAGAGGAGCCAAAAAAUGUGCAAUCUGUACUACAUGACAGUACCAAAAAUAUAAAAAGCAAUAUAAAUAUACUCUCCAAUGUUAUUGUGAAAUCGAGAGAUAUGUCACCCAUUUUAAAUAAGUAUUUAACCUUGCCUGCUGUAGCUACACCAAAAAGAAAGAUAAAAUCAACCAAUAGAAUAGGAGCUAUUUCUUCCGAUGAGUGGAGACAAUUUGAAUGA